GUAUUCCCCUUUUUGGAAAUGACUUGACUUUGUAGAGCACGACUGUAAGUGUUAAACGUAACAGCAUGGCAGAUAUUUAAAGCAGAACCAGUUAUUUUUAAUUUGAUUAGUUUCUUUGAGGCUCAAUCAUCUCAGCUCAUUUCCAAGGAAACACAGUGACUACACUACCCACAACUCCAGAGACGCUGUUACCAUGGAGACGAGAUUAGCUUCGCAGAACCUAACAAUAAUGCUUGUGAAGUGGCUUGUACCCAGUGUGUUUUUUUGACAGUGAAUGGAAAUUAAACUGUUGCUGAGUCUGCUAUUGAAACAGUAUGAUUUCUGGUUAGUUAAAUAAGACGCUCGGUAUAGUCGAUGUGUGUAUGUGUUUAAGACCCGCUGUGGUUUGGCGCUGCUAAUGCGCGCGACUUUUCAAAGUGGGCGAGUCCGCUGCUCUUAAAGAGGACGUUCAACCGGCUAGCCGGUGCUAGCUUUGUUCCUUACAAAGUUUACUUCUAGGUUAAAUGCACGUGAAGUGGCGUCAAACUUUUACUGGCAAACAAACUACCCACUCUGAUCAGAGGUAUAUUAAUUUUGCAUAGGUUUUUCAAAGCACUGCCAAAUUGUUUUUAAACGUUUGUCGGGAUCGUUGUUACUAAGGCUAGCUAACAUGAUCAGGUUAACGCUAGUUAGCUAGCGUCAGUGCUUUGUAAUGUAAACAGCAAUGUGUCUGGGAGUUAAUACACAUUAACGUGAAGGAAUAAGCAGUGUUUCGAGGGAAACGUCUCACGUUUUUAUUUACAGCACACCCCACAGCAACAGGCUGUGCAUCAUGUCUAUUGAUUUUGACAGUGCUGCUCUUCAAACCCAACAUGAAGAGGAAGAAUACGACCAGGAGGACUAUGCAAGAGAGCAAGAGCUGCACAAGCUGCUCACAGACCUGCCCGAUGACAUGCUGGAGGAUAGCAGAGACUCCUCCUCCCCAGAGUUGGAGUACUCCACCUGCAGCAAUAAAAACACUGGCAACAGCCCACAGUCCACGUGGACUCAGCAAUGGUCAAAUCAUCCAAGGCCAAUCUCUCAUGAACAGAACUCUGAAGCUGACUAUGAUCAAGGCUCUCAUGAUGACUAUGCCUAUGGGGAUGGUGCAGCUCAGAUCAAUGGACAUCAGAGGCAUCCUCAAAGUCAACCUCCGCCUCGCUCCUGGAACCAGCAGUCACAGGACCACCAGUUCACCCAGGGAGAUUAUACAUACACGAGCAUGGGCACAGAAGAAUCUACAGAAACGAAUGAUUUCUCCACAGAUCAGUAUGAGUCUAAACCAUACCCUCAAGGCAAUAACAACCAUGUGGAAUAUAAUGGAGAGGGAGGGUACAGGGACAAGCAAAGCCAUGAGGGCAAUAAUACCAGAAACCAUUUUCAGCCUGGAGUGGGAGACAAAGCUGUAAAUCAGUACAAAGCCAGCUACAAUCCUCACCAUCCUGCCCAUCAACCAAAGAUGUUUAACUCACAAGCCGCUCACCAAGGUGGUCAGUUUGACCAUCUGCAAAGAGAAUUCCUUGACUCGACACAACAAACUGCUGAUAGAGAGCAGCUCGCCCAAUUGCAGAUUUUAAAUAAAGCUCAGCAGAGGCAGAUUGAAGACUUGGAGCGAAAACUGGAAGAUUCAAGGCGUAAUAUGAGAUACCUUGAGCAUCAGUUUGCAAUUGUCAAAGAUGAAAAGGAAGGUUUGGCAGUAAGUCUAAAGGAAUCGAGUCGAUUGGUUGAGGAGGCCAAAGAGAGAGAGGUUCAACUGCAAAACAAAGUGAAGGCUCUGGAGCAACAACUACAGGUCCUUACAGAGAGAGACCAUGAGAACAUGAAGAAGCAGAGGGUGGCAGAGGCUGCAGUGGACAGCAUGAAGCAGCAGAUGUUGGAGCUUUGUCGUUCUGACACCCUGUCCAGAGCGCGGGAGCAGCACGACAGGGAUCUUGCCAUCAUAAGGGAACAGCAUGAAGUUGCACUGUUGACCAUAGAGCAGAAGCUUGACUCCACCACUCAGGCCUUGAAUGAACAUAUUGAUCUCAGUCAGAGGUUACGAGAGCAGGUGAAGCAACUGGAGCGCCAGAGAGAAGAAGAGCAACUGGAGAGAGCCAGAGUCAUCAACGCCCUCACUCAGGGCCUGGAGGAGAGUCAGCAACAAUGUGCCAAGCUACUGCAGACAAGUUCGGUGCAGGAGAUGAGUCAGUUGCAAAUCAAACUACAACAGGCUCAAUCAGCCAAGGCACUGAGUGAAAACUUGAACAAAGUCUUACAGGAGGAUCUUGCCGAUUUGAAGGAGCAGAUCACUCUGUAUGAAUCUGCUGUGAAACAUGGUGUUAUUGCACUAGACCUGAGCAGUGACUGGGAAAACCCGCUGUCUGAAUCCUGUAUGGAUUUAGGACUAAAGAAAGUGAACAGGAAAAAUGGCAUGCUUCACAGUACUGCCUUAGCGCACCUGUCAGACUCCAAGCUGCCCAAGGACGAGGCCUUGCGGCUGCUGCGAGUGGAGAUGCAGCGCUGCCUGGGUAGUCUGAAGGGGAAGCGACAGAAGAUCAGUCAGCUGCAGGAGGAGCUCCAGCACUGUCAGAGCCAAGUGAAUGAACUGCAGACCCAGUUAGACGAAGCCAAGCUCAGCUCUUCAGUCAGAGAGAACAGCCAGACGAAGCAUCUUGACAUGACUGGAGAGUCUCAGAAAGAGUUGAUGAGACUACAGGAAGACAAGCGACACUUGCAGGAACAAAUGGAGGUGCUAGACAAGAAAAAUAAGGAGCUGAAACAGAGUGAGGAGAAGGUGAGGUCUGCCAACGCAGAGCUGUGCACUAAGAUGAGGGAGAUGAUCCAGGAGCUGGACCAAGAAAAGCAGGAGGCUGCUGAGAGAUCUGAACGGAUUCAUCAGCAGUAUAGGGACGAUGUUGUGAACCGGGUCAAAACAGAGCUCAUGCUGGAGCACGACGCUCAGGUUGAACAGCUGAUGGAGCAGCACCAGCAGCAGCUCCAACAGUUACAGGCACAGCUGUCUGAGGCCAAUGAUAAGAUGUUGGCUGUACAAGAAUGUUAUAUAUCUGUCUGCAAAGAGAAGGACACGCUUGAAGAAAGAAUACACAACAGGGAGAAGGAAGAGGAUUUGAUCAGAGAAAAUGAGCAAAAAAUGAGAGAGGAGAAUGAUAUAGCUAUGGGGAAGCUAAGGGCCGAGCUGGAGGCUCAGCAUCAGGCCUCAAUAAACCAGCUAAAAGGUCUGUGGUCCAGUCAGAAGGAGGCUGAGAUCCAGCAGCAGGUGGACUCUCACAUAACCUCAGCCAAGGCUACGUGGAAGGAGGAACUACAAAAGAUGGAGAAGACCUGGACCCAGAGGCUGGAGGAGGCUAGGAGGGAGAAACACAGAGAGACUGCUGAGGUGACCUGUCAGACAGAUGAGACUGAGGACAGCAGUGUGACAAUUACUGCUGAGGAGCUAGACUCCAGGCUCAGUGCCCAGAAAAAACAGCUGCAACUGGAAACUGAGAAAGUCAAACGCAAAGCUGUGGAGGAAGCAAGGAAACAAACCCAGAGAGAACUUCAGGAGAAACAUCUGGAGGAGAUGGCAAAGCAGGUUGAGGGUGCAGUGACCAGGGCCUACAAUCGCUGGAUUGAGGAUUUGACUUCAUUACCAGAAUACCAAGCCUCUCUCCAAACAGAGAAAGAGAAAUGGGAAGAACUACAAGAAAAAUGCACAGAACAAUGGGUGUCCCAAGCCCUGAGGGAGGCAGAAGAACAGUGGCAUAAGAAACACAAGAGCCAGCUGGAGCAGCAGAGCUCUGGCGAGCAGAGGGUGGAGGAGCUUCAAGAGGAGGUGGCCACUCUCCAGAGCCAGCUGGAGCAAGUGAGGAGAGAGCAAGCUGCCCUGCUGAAGGCCGAGCUGGCCGGAGCCAGGGCUGCCUGGAACCGAGACAAACAGCAGGAGAUCUCAAUCAUUCAGGUUCGCAGUGAGCAGGUGUACCAUAGCAAGCUGCAAGAGCAGCACAAAAAGCUGGAGCAAGUUUUGCAGCAGGCCAGGGAGGAUGCAGAGCUCCAAAAGAAAGAGCUGCUCCUGCAGAUGGAGUCAAAGCUUCAGGAAACUCUGAGGACCCGAGAGAAGGAGUGGAGAUGUCGGCAUGCAGAGAAAGAGCUGACCCAGAAACAGCAGGUGAGGGAUGAACUGUUGGCAGAGCUUCAGACUGGGCUGGCAGAGGUUCAGGCACAACUUCUCAGAGAUCCCAAAACAGAUCAGCAGGGCACUGAAAACACCAGGAGAACCAGCGGGGACACGUCAGAGAGGACAAUAACACACAUCAUCCAAACAUCCUGCAAAGACAUAGUCAGCAGAGCAAUAUCCCAGGCCAAGAAGGAGUGGAAGACAAUAAGUGAAGAGAGACUGAACCGUGUGUUAAAAGAAACUCAGGAACAGCAUGAAAGGGAGAUUGACAAAAUGCAAAGCUCUUUGUCUCAGAGGAAGGAACAGGUUCACUGCAGGAAGGAGUGUGCUGAGACUUCAAGUAAGCUGCAGAAGAAGAAUCAGGAACUCCAGAGACACUUGGAGAAAGCCUGCCGUCAACUCCAGCACACUGUCAGAGAGCACAAAACUGCCAUGCAGCGUCUCAAAGAUGAGUAUGAAAGCAGUUUACAAAAGGCCAAGGAGGAACAUCUGCAGCAGCUUGAUGAAGUGAAGAGAGCCAAAGAAUCCUCAGGGAAUUCUGAUCACCACCAAAAUCUCCAGCAAGGCCUCGAAGAGAUGAAGCAGCAAUACUUGAUGACUGUAGAAAAGAUCAGAGAGGACAUGCUGCGUUACCUCCAGGAGAGUCGGGAGCGAGCAGCAGAGAUGAUCCGCAUGGAGGUGCAGAGGGAAAGGCAGGACACUGCCAGAAAGAUGCGGCGUUAUUAUCUGACCUGUCUGCAGGAGUUACUGGAGGAUGGAGGAAAGACUACAGGAGCUGAGAAGAAAAUAAUGAAUGCUGCAAGCAAGCUGGCAGCCAUGGCUAAAGUGCUAGAGACGCCUAUCAAAAGUAAAUCUGGAAAGAACUACACUUUACCAAAUUGCUCGACAGCUGCAUCCACCACUGGCUGCCAUCCAGGAAGAAACGCAGGUUUCAAUAAGAACCUGUCCACACUGCCUGAGCUUCCUGACAUCAGGGUAGAGGAGAGGUCCCACAGGGAAAAGACUUCUGCGGAUUCAGCGCAGAAACCAGCUGCUGCAGCCAGGACUAAACCUCUGAGCCACCAGGACAUUUCUGCUUCUGGGAAGGAGGAGGCCUCAGUGGAUGCAGGCAUGAAGCCCCAAUCUGCAGCUCAUACACACCUUAGCUCUCACAAACCUUCUCAACAGACAGCUUCUCCAUCCGAGGUAGAUUUUGUCAGUGCUUCUGUGAGGAGUAGGAGCAGGGAGCUGUACCUGCAGGGAGGAGAAUCCAGCACAGCAGACAACCACCUGAACAAACCAUUCCUCAUCCAGGAGGCUCCUGUCAGAGAUGAGAAACGGACUGAGUGGAGCAUGACCAGCAGCGACUCGGAUGCAAGCUUCCAAGUCCCCAGACUCUCCCACUCAGGGAGGAAAGUAGAGCCAGUGAAGCCGUUCUCUGUCUCUGCAGCUUCAGCUAGCGACUUCAGAGAGUUUGGUGGCCUCACCCCGGAUGCGUCUGACUUGACAAUUUAUAAUGAGAUUGCCAAGAAGACACCUCACGCCCAGACCUCGAAUUUUCCCAGUGUGAAGAUGAGCACACACAGAGAGCCCACCCCUGGCUCUGAGGCAAAGAAGCAGCAGGGAGUUUGUUCCAGGCCUGUGUUCUCUGAGUUGAGGCAGCGCCAGCAGGACAGCGGCUUUGACAGUCCAUUCUACCAACACAACUGACAAAGUGAAGGGCAGGUAUGAAGUAGGAACAUGAGCUUAGUACUAACUUGACAAUUUCAGUUACAUUACCAAAUAGUACCUUUUAAUACAGUGUUUAAAGUUAACGUGAUGUAUAGGUUUUGCCUUCACAGUUGCUUGCAGUGUGUUUUUAUGUGUGUGUGCUGUGUUAAGAUUGUUGAAGGAAUAGUUUGACAUAUUGGAAUACGCAUUUAUUCACUCCCUUGCUGAGAGUUAGAUGAGAAAGGCAAUACCACCGCUACAGUAUAUUUGUAUGCUAAAUAUGAAGCUACAGUGAGCAGUCUUUAACUUGGUGUAAAGACUGGAAACAGGUGACCUAACCUGAGGUUUAAAAAAAUCCACCCAUUUCUUACAGCCCCCAGCCAAAAAAUAGUAAACAAACGAGAUAUAGUUUAUUUUAUUUCAUUCUUUCUGCUAUGCUAAAGCCCUGCUGGCAAUAGCUUAAUAGUGGCACUGAUAUUCUCAUUUAAGAGCGCAAAGAAGCACAUUUCCCAGUAACGUCAAACUUGCUUUAAUGCACAGUUUGUUCCAGUGUAAAAGAAAGACAUUUCAUGCUUCUUUGUUCUAGCCUUGACAUCUGUCACCUCAGGCAACACUCCUUCUCCCAACAUCAAAACAUUUAGGGUUCUGUUAAUAUUCACUCGUUUCUUUUGACUCCUCAUACUCACUAUCACAUUUUAGUCUACCUGUAAAAAUGCAGCUGUGGGUUGGAGUUCUGAAUCUCAGUGAGACACUUGGCAGCAUGAUCUCUGAUAAAAUAAAUACACAAGGGUUUGCUUAUUUCAGCAAAGGUACACUGAUUUAUCAGCCAGCUCUGAGUAAACCUGCUUCUGUCUAAAGCUCCCAACACUGCGCUGUUAUUCACAUCCAAAGCAGGAGCACUAAGCCUAAAUACAAAUCUUCAGUCUGUGCUUUCUCACAGAUCACUGUUUGAUAAAUACAGCUUUAAUAAAUAGAAACAGUUACAUUUUCUUUCUUUUUUUUGUGUAUGGCAAGCGUUGAUAAUGAGUGACCAGUAGUGACCUAUUCCAUGAAUAUCACAGUGUUAGCUCAUGAAGGCUAAUGUCCAAAGUAUUCAGGUGUUUCUUCUGUGUCUACUUACAUCAGGGUUGAGUGCGUGUUUUCAGGUCUAAAGUCGCAGCUCAGUCCACACUGUCAUUUUUUUUCCCAUCACCUUGUAUGAGAGAUAUUGACAGCGCACUAUUAUAAAAAGACUGAGAGUUAGAUAAGGUGCAGGUUUAUUCAAAACUUAUGUCACUCUCCUCUAUUCUGUCUCUGUCACUUUUGGAGUUAGUAUCCAGUGCGUAUAUGUUUUUAUAUUUAAAAAUGUUUUAUAUCACAUUAAUGAGAUAUGCUGUGCAUAGAUUAUAAAUGUUUUUUUUUAUACAUAUAUGUUGCUUAAAUUCGUUUGAAUAAAUCUUUUAAUUUUAUUGCAAAUUAAGAGGGAACAAUUCUUUUGUCAUAAGAGCUGAGACUUGCCAGCAAAUCCUGUUGAUGUGAAGUGUAAUUUUUAUGUGUAGUUUGUAUCAAAGAUUAGUCUCAGUAAUGUCUGAUGGUCUAAAUACAAUCAUGUUUACUGUAAUUUCAUAUUAAACAUCAAGCUAUGCUUUCAGCUAAAACUAAAAUAAUUGAUAAUUCACGGGUAGUUCCUCAAAAUGCGAUUUUUUAAAAUUUAUUUAUUUAUUUAUUCAUUUUUGCGGGUUUACAGUAGCACACUAAGUAUCUUUGGGAUCUGAACGAUUGAAAAAACAAGAAAUCUGAAGACCAGGCCUUGACUCCUGGGAAACUGUGAGGAACAUUACACUAGGUAACUAGGAUCACAUGUGUUUUUAAUGUAAAGUACAGUAGGUCCAAAUAAUAAAUCUGAAACAGGAAAACCAAGUUAA